AUGAGGAGCAGUUAUCCCCCGCACGGGAUUACGGAACAGUGCUCCCGAUUCAAGCCACGAUCCUACCAAGGUUUUCCUGCUAAUAAUAUUCAAUUGUGUGAUAUCCAUUACCUUAGGGCUUCAGAUCUGACAGAACGAAUCGGCUUCAUCCCCUGGCCCGAGGUGGAAAAGGGAAAGCCGGCGGCGGUCGGUAGUUUUCCUCUGGAACCAAUCUGGCCGGAGAUGGUAGAAACUUCCCCCGGACCGUUUAUAAUGGGACUAUUGUGCUCUCUUCUGUACCUACUUUCUACACUCUUCCGCGCUUCAUAA